ACUGCACUAAUGCAUAAACAAAAGACAGAGAUACCCGCCACAGAAAAUUAGAAUCGCUUCAAUUGCCUACUAGCUUCUUUGUUGCUAGUUGAUCGCGGACUUUCUCUCAACUACUAAGCGUAAUUACCUGCUAUCGGGCGCGUGCAGCUUGCAACGUACUUUAGAAACCAGUUUUUGCAUUUUCGUGUGACUCAUCAGAUUUCACAGGCUCAAGGAAACAAUUUCACAAUGGCCGCCACCAACAAUAGCGAAUCCGCCGAUCAGGUCGGCAUACGAGUGGAAAAUUCGGAAAAUGCCAACGACAACACAGACGCCUUGGGUUCCGUUGGCGGAACAGGUAGCAGUUCUUCGUCUGCGCCCUCGCACUACAACCCCUAUGGAAGCGGAGCCAUCGGACAACUGGCCAAUGGCUACAGUUCGCCCUCGUCCAGUUAUCGCAAAAAUGUGGCCAAAAUGGUUACGGAGCGCCAUGCAGCCGAGUACAACAUGCGCCACAAGGAUCGCGGCAUGGCAUUGAUCUUCAAUCAUGAGCACUUCGAUGUUCCCACCUUAAAAUCUCGGGCUGGAACCAAUGUGGACUGCGAGAAUCUUACCCGAGUACUGAAGCAGCUGGACUUUGCAGUGACAGUAUACAAGGACUGUAGGUUCAACGACAUCAGGAAAGCGAUCGAAGCCGCAGCCUCUCAAAAUCACUCCAACAGCGAUUGCAUCCUGGUGGCCAUUCUUUCCCAUGGAGAGAUGGGCUACAUUUAUGCCAAGGAUGUACAGUACAAACUGGAGAGUAUCUGGAGCUUCUUCACUGCCAAUCACUGCCCAUCUUUGGCCGGAAAGCCAAAGUUAUUCUUCAUCCAGGCCUGUCAGGGAGAUCGGUUAGAUGGAGGCAUGACGAUGCAGCGGUCGCUUACCGAAACCGAUGGGGAUUCUUCAAUGAGCUACAAGAUACCCGUGCACGCAGACUUUUUGAUUGCCUAUUCCACUGUUCCUGGAUUCUAUUCAUGGCGGAAUACCACCCGAGGCAGCUGGUUCAUGCAGAGUCUGUGCGCAGAGCUGGCUGCGAACGGCAAGCGGCUGGACAUCCUAACGCUUCUAACGUUCGUGUGCCAACGAGUGGCCGUCGACUUUGAGUCUUGCACUCCGGACACGCCCGAGAUGCACCAGCAGAAGCAAAUUCCCUGUAUUACCACCAUGCUGACACGUAUUCUGCGCUUCAGCGACAAGCAAAUGGUGCCGGCCGGACGGGUCUGAUGGCUGCUGGUUCGGUUCAUGAGCUGGUUGAGGCGAGGUGUGUGAUAAAAGUGGGAAACGGGUAGGAGCCGGGCGAUAAACCAAGUCGCAAUUGAGAAACUCUGUAGCUUUAGGUGCAUAUUUUCAUAAAACGAUACCCUCUUUACCCCUGCCAAUGCCAAUGUUCACCCGUUUGGUUGCAAAUUCUGUAUUUUUUUGCAUUCAUUAUUGUCGUUUAUCGAGUAAGAUAUUUAUAAGGACAACAAUGACCAAUUUUUUCCCAGACGUAGUAUUACAACUAAAGAACAAAUGUAUAUUUUUUGUAAUUUCUUGGCCAUUUAAGGAAGAUCUCAAAUUCAAAAUUCAAUGCCUCACGCCACGCCUAAUCUAUACCCAGCAAUUUUAGGUUUUUCCCCCUUUUAUGUUUAUACACUUAAAAAUAUUUAUCUAAACCGCAUGUGUCAUGAUCGUCCAACAAAAAGUAAAAAUAUACACACGAAUAUAUUAAGAAUGUAGUGGACAUUUUAUAACUACAAAUACUGCUUUGUACCAUUUAUGUAUACUCUUUUAUAAUACCCAUUAGCAAAUGUUUUCCUUUCAAAAUGACCGCUAAUAAAAUUAAUCUAAAACAAUGGAAAA